CCCUCCCUUCGCGUCGAGCCGAUCGAGUCCCCUUUCUUCUUUCGAUUCACCUCGCUUCACUGCUCCGUCGGUCGAAACGGUUGAUUAGGGUUAGGGUUUUGCUCCUCGAUUCCGGCUUCGUGGUCCUCGUCCCUGUUCUUCCUGUGAUCCAUCGUUGCCUCCGCCUCGGGAUAAAGGUAAUAGUUUGGAAGCAACUGACUUGUGAAAGAAUGAAGCAUGUUUUAAAGAUUAUGGCAUUGCUGGUGGCUAUCUCUGCAUUUUGGAUAGGCCUGUUGGAAACAUCAGUUGUCCCACGCAGCUAUACUUGGCUGCUUGCAAUCUACUUAAUUGUUUCACUGGGAUGCUAUGGUCUUCUCAUGGUUGGGAUUGGUUUAAUGCUCUUUCCAACAUGUCCUCAAGAAGCUGUACUACUGCAAAAGGAUAUUGCAGAGGCCAAGGAAUUCUUGAAGAAUAAGGGGGUUGAUGUGGGCUCUGAUUAAAAUUGCUUGGACCCUUCCAGCAUCUGUCUUGGUGCCUUAAUUUCUUAGCUGACGUUUCCUUGCCAAUCAGAAUAUAUGGAAUUUCUAAAAGAACAUGGAAUUCAUGAUGCAACAGCUCCUAGAUGGACAUUUUUCCACUUCUCUGUUAACAAUGCAUACAGUUGGCAAUUGACUCUCAAUCAUAGAUGUUUCUAAUUUAUCUUCAUAAUGUAUUGCUCUAGGCAUUUCUUUAAUUAUGUAUCGCUUGCAAGCUAUUAAGGUUAAAUACAAUUUCUGCUGAACCUCUUAUGUUGUAUGCUCCAUCAGAGCCUUUUUAAACUGUAAAUUUUAGGAGUUUAGCAGGCAGGCUUGCUGAACAAUUUUGCUGUAGACGAGGGCUGUUUGGAAAAACUAUAAAUGAUCAAGCUGAGACAUACACAGUUAAUGUAUCCUCUCUGGUUCAAGAUGCUUA